AUGUCUUCUCAUCGCCUUUUCAGCAGCCUUUUGAGGCCUGCUACAUCUCCAAUCCAGCGCAGCAUCAUCGCCCGCUCCUUUGGCAUGUCUGUUGCCCGCCCCAAACAGCACAAUGACCGAGCUCCAUCCACUGCUCCGGAAUAUCGUGACAAGCAGACUUCGAAGCCCCUGAACCAGGCUGUGUCCAACACUACCUCUACGAUGACUGAAGGGUUCCCCAAGGUGGGCGAUAAACCCGCGCCGCCCGAGUUUCUGAGCUCCGUCGACCCGAACUACAAGCCGGCGGACUCGUAUCCGGGAAGAGUCGAGCAUUUCACGGGAGGAAGACAACAACAAGGCACCCAGAAGCCCGAACUAGACGUUGGAGAGAUGGAGGGUAUUACCUUCAAGGUUGAGCCUCUGCGACGUCAGGGAGAGGACCCGUCUACAAUGAGAGCUCGGUUGUUAUACCAAAGCCGUAAGCGGGGCAUUCUGGAAUCCGAUCUUCUUCUCUCCACCUUUGCCGACGUUUACCUGGGCAAGAUGACCCCCGAACAGCUUAAUGAAUACGACCGGUUCCUGGAUGAGAACGAUUGGGAUAUCUACUACUGGGCCACGCAGGAUCCUCCGGUAGAGGGAACGGAAGAAAAUGUUACUGCGAAUGCGUAUCCUGCGCAGGACACUCAGACUGAAACUUGGAAACAAACUGGUGCAAAGAGCGGCGAGUGGGUGCAGACUGUUGGUGCAUUCAAGGCAGCAUACCGGCCUGUUCCCUCCCGCUGGGCUGACUCCGAGGUUCUUACUCUUCUGAGACAACACGUUCGCGACAAGAGCGCUACCGGCUUCCACUCGGCUAAAAACAAGAAGACUGGUGGGAGUGGUCUUGGAAGAAUGCCUGCUGUACAGAUCUUUAACUCAUAA